AUGGUAAGUGUUGAAAAAGGUCUUCAAUAUAAAAUACUAUAGUUAACAUUUUUUUUUGAAUUUAAUGUCUACAGUAAAUAUCUACAGUAUACAGGUUAACUUGAGUAUAUUUCGAAUAUAUAACUGUAAAAAAAUAUAAUAAACAAAAUUUUAGAGAUGUGACUAUUGCAACCAACACAUCAGCUAUAUCUGUUACAGCCUUGGCAAAAGAGCUAGAGCGUCCAGAAAAUUUAGCUGGACUACAUUUCUUUAUUCCAGUGCAUGUGAAAAAGUUUGUUGAAGUAGGUAUAGCUUUAACAAAUCUCUGGGCUAGGGCUCUGGGCUAGGGCUCUGGGCUAGGGUUCUGGGCUAUGGCUCUGGGCUAGGGUUCUGGGCUAUGGCUCUGGGCUAGGGCUCUAGGCUAGGACUCUGGGCUAGGGCUCUGGACUAAGGCUCUGGGCUAUGGCUAUUGUAAAAUACGUCACUUGGUUCUCUUCUAAUUAUAAACUUUUAUUUUUAGUUACCAAUAACCUCAUUCACUUCCCAAAAAACUGUCGACGACUUGACUGAUCUAGCUAGUCUAUUUAGUAAAAGGGUUAUCAAAUGCAAAGACUCUCCAGGAUUUGUGGUAAAUCGAUUGUUAUGUCCCAUGAUAAAUGCUGCACAUCGGUUAGUAGACGAAGGAGUUGUUGAUGAUUAUCGACUGGUCGAUGAAGUUAUUAAAGAUUGUUUGGGAUGGAAAAUGGGACCAUUUGAAGUUAGUGACUUUGUGGGGCUUCAGAGCUUGGAGAAUAUCAUUAGAGGUUAGUUUCUGGCUAGUAUAAGUUUUUUUGAGUUUUAGCGGAGCUUUGGGGUAGAACUGAGCUUAAAUUUUUGAAAAAAUUAAAAAAUGCUUUUUCUUUUCUUUUCUUUUCUUGUCUUUCCCCUACCUUUUUCUUUACCCUUCAUCAUGCAUACACUUCAAGAUAACAGUAAACCAUAAAAGUGUAAUUUUAAAAAUUUUUUUUAAAACGAACAAAAGUUAUUGAAUGUUACAAGUCAUAUCGCUGAAAAAUGUGUUGUUUCCUUUCAGAAAUGGAAAAUCAGCUGCCCAAAGGUGUAAUAGUGGAAAGUCAAGUGUUAAAGGAAGCAAUGAUCCGUCAACUAAACACUGGAAACGGUUUUUAUGAACGACGGUCUCAGUGA